UGUGUUUUAAGCCUCCUUUUUUCACUUGUUUUCUUCUUUCUUUCCCCCCUCUCCCCACAACAGUACUUGUUCUUCUUCUUCUUUCUCAACCCCACAUUGCCACUCUAUAUGAUAUGUAUAGAUAUUUUACAGCACCAUUGAUAAGAUAACUUUUUUCUUUUCUCACACACUCUUGGGGUUAUGCGUGCAUUAAAGAAAAAUGAUGGGUAAAAAAAAAAUGGGGGGUUGUGGGUCGGUCCUUGAGAAGGGUCCCCCUGUCCCUGUGUCCUUAAUUGCCAUAGUAUUACUCUCCUUAGUCCCACAUCCUUUUUUCCUUCUCUUUCUCUCUCUAAAUAUCAGCACCACCAGUCAGCUGUAGAGAGAGAGAGUGUGGAGAGGUACUAGUAGUACUAUUACUGGUAGUCCCUCUUCUCCUUUUCCAGCUUCUCAGAGCCUCCCAUUACUUACUAUCUCCCCCCAUAUAAAUAUCAUCCAACACUCCCUCUCUUUUCUAUUUGUGUCAUCACUCCAUUUCCAUUUUCCCAAACACACACACACACUCUCCCACUUAUAUAUCAGAAGAACGACUUUGCAAGAUUAUUUUUAGUUGUUUUGAUCUACUUAAUUCAUCCAUCUUUCCUUUUGAAGUUCAUCAAUCAAGUUUAGCUAGGAGCUAGCUAGGGGGAAUUAGAUCCACUCAGAUCAAAAUGGGUGACCCUCCAUAUUCCGAACCCGAAUCAAGUAGUCAUUCUUCUUCCUCUUCCUCCUCCCUAGAUCAUCCUACUACUCCUAAAACUCACCACCGCAAACGGGGUCGAGAUGAUUCCGCCGCCGCCGCCGCCGGAAGAACCAAGAGUAGGAAUGAUCAGCAGAAUAGUAACGAUGAUAAUUGUAAUAGUAAUAAUAAUAAUAAUGAGAGUACCAGCAGCAUCAACAACAACAACAACAACAACAGUAAGCACCCGGUGUACAGAGGAGUUCGGAUGCGGGCUUGGGGGAAAUGGGUAUCCGAAAUCCGUGAGCCCAAGAAGAAGUCACGGAUCUGGUUGGGUACUUUCGCCACCCCGGAGAUGGCCGCCCGGGCCCACGACGUCGCCGCCCUCUCCAUUAAGGGCAACUCCGCCAUCCUCAACUUCCCCCACCUCGCCCGGACCUUGCCCCGCCCCGCCACGUGCUCCCCACGUGACGUCCAGGCCGCUGCCUUAAAAGCCGCUCACAUGGACAUGGAUCAACAACAACAUUCAUCAAUGCCCAACGGCAACUGCAAGGAGAAGAACGCCGCCGCCGCUCGGGGAUCGUCGCGGGAGGAGGAGAUGACGCCAUGCGUCUCCUCGCUGACGUCAUCGCCCUCGUGCUCCUCGCUGCAAUCGAGCGUGACGUCAGCAUCCGCGGCGGAGGAGGCGGAGGAGCUGAGCGAGAUUGUGAAAUUGCCGAGCCUUGGAGGGAGCUACUACGACACGGUGGAGUCGGCGAGGGAGGAGCUGGUGUUCGUGAACGAUCCGGUGGAGGACGGGAUCUCCGGCUGGGACUACGGCAACCCGUGGCUGUUGCAUGCCGGAGCCGAAACGUCAUCGUAUGGGUAUUUCGGGGAUAACGUAAAUCACAUGGGAAUGCCAGUUCUGUUGUCAGAUUCUGGAUGCUUCGAUGGUUUGUUAUGGCAGCAUCAGUGAAAAAUUUGGCAGAAGAUGAUGAAGACGAAGAAGAAGAAGAAGAUCGAUGUUAAUUAAUUAUUUUAUGAUUAAUUAAUUCGAACCAAAAAAAAUGGUGUGUGUUAAAUUAAAUUAAUUAGCUCUUUUCUUUUCUUCUCCCUUCUAAAUUAGCUUAGUUAUUAUUCUGGACCAUUUUUGUCUUAUGGGUUGAGAUUUUCUCUUUUUGUUUCCUUCUGUUAAUCUCUUAUAUAAAAAAGAACAAGAACUACUCUCUUUUUUGAUGGGGUAUUGUUGGAACCAAAAAAUAAUAAUAAUAAUAAUAAUAAUAAAUCUUUGAGUAGUAGUAAGUGGUGGCAAUGUGUCAUAUUAUGUAUACCUUUCUUGCUCAUCAAGUUCUUUGUUCUUACUUCAAAGUAGGGUAGUAUCUCAAAGUAUGGUGUUUUUGUCUUCCCUUUUAACUCAAGGCCAAUUAUCAUAUUGUGAUAGGGGGUGAUCCCCCCUGCCCCUGUCUGUGAAAAUGCCAAAGUGAAACAAAGGAAUCCAAAUUCCUCAUCAUGAUGAACUUGUUAAAAAUAAUUGGUCCAC